AUGCAUAUGAAGAACCCAGCACCAGACCCCCAAACACACUUCCUUACACACUUUGAGAAACGCUUAAUUGCAGGAGCACCUGCCAAGGGGCCCAUUUCCGCCAUCUACACACUCCUGAACACUAACACAGAACUCUGCCAUCUCCCAUGGGCCAAAGCAUGGGAAACAGACAUAGGCUGUCAAAUACCCGAAAACACCUGGCUCAAAGCCAUCAACAGUUACAAAGGCAGGUCAGCCUGCACAGCUCACAUGGAACUCAUGCGCAAAAUUGCCUACAGGUGGUACAUGGUUCCCACACGCCUGGCUGAGAUACUGCCAUCACAACCAAACACCUGUUGGCGAUGCCAUAGAGACACAGGCACAUUCCUACACAUCUGGUGGGGCUUGCGACAUCAUACAGAGCUACUGGAAAGAGGUUCUUUCCCUCAUUCACUCACAUACAAACAUUGCAGUCCCCAACUCCCCAGCCUCCCUCUUACUGUUUAUAUACAAAGACCAAUACCCCCCAGCCGAUAAAUACUUGAUAUACCACAUCCAAAUCGCAGCCUUGACACACAUUGACAGAAAUUGGCUUUCCACAUCCACAGCGACUAUGCAAGAACUGACUAAGUAUGUCUCAACAGUGGAGAGCUACGAAAUGCACACCGACUCUAUAACAAAACGCCAACCCUGGAAACGGGAGGUUUGGGAGAAUUGGACCAAAAGAGCCACAGACUAGAAGACAGAGGAGAAUACACACGCACAUACAGAGACACAGAUAUAAAGUCGAUAGCUAAGAGACACGAGACAGAAACGGGCAAUACGGGGAUGAACCCGAGGUGCGAUUCUGAUGGACCCCACUGA